AUGAAUGGCUGCGCGGAGUCAGUCUCGAACGUGUGCCUCUGGGGAUACCUGGCGACCUCCCCAGAGUAUUUUAGCCUUAGCGGAGUAAGGGCGCACUGCCUCGCCGGACUUUUCACACGUCCCAACUCGUGGGAACAGAAUGGAUCCAAACAAACACAAAUUAAGAAGAAGGAGGAGAAGAGGAGAACAGUGGAGGAAGAAGUUAGACGAAAGGAAGAAGAGGAAGAAGAAAGGAGGAAAUUCGAAUGGGAACUAAUACAAAGACAAAAAAAGAACAAAAAAAUAAACAGAAGCACGGACAGGAUACUAUUAACGAUACUGGAAGAGGAGAAUGAAGAAGGAGAAGAAAACCAAAAGGGAGACGAGAGUAGUGAGGGGGCACUACUGAAAAAAAUAAUAUUCGGAGAAACGGGAAAAAAAAGGGAAAGGGAGGAAAGCAAGGUUGAGGGGGAAAUAGAAAAUAAAAAAGAAAGGAAAGAGGGAGAAACAACAACGGGAGAGGAGGAGGAAAUAGAUAACAAAAUUUUAGGAAUUAAAAACAUGAUGGGAGGGGAUGAAAAAUUAAUAAAAAAACUAGAGGAGCUGAGGGAACUUAUAUCCAAAAAAAAUCUGAGUAAAGUGAGGUGCAGGGAAUGCAGGGAAGAGAAAGAAAAACAAAGAAAAAAGGAGAAAACACAAAAUAUUAUAAGGGAAUUAGAUACAGGGGGUGGAGAAUAUGAGGUAUGGGAAAGAUUAGCAGGGGAAGAAUGGGAAGAAGAGGUAUAUAAAAAAACAAGAUGGGAAAGGGAUAGGGUAGAGGAAGUAUUAAGAAAUAGAAUAAGUAGUCUGAUAAUAAUAGGAAAAGAAAGGGGAGGGGAAACAAUAGAAAAAAUUAAAAAAUUAAGGGAAGAAGUUUGGGGAAUAAUAGACGAGCUAGAGGAGGGACAGAUGGACAUUAUAGAAAAUAGGAUCAAAACAAAAAACAAGGAGCGAGAAUGGCACGAUUAUUUGGUUAGGGUAGGGGAGGAAGAAGAUCAAAAAUAUAAAAUCAUAAAGGAGAUGGCCAAACUGGCGGCGGAGAGGGGGGAAAAAAUAAUCAAUGUCAUAAUAGGAGAGGGUAUUAAGAAAAACAAAAUCAGACAAUUAUUAGAAUAUGUAGGUAGGAGGGAGGACACGGAGUGGAAGGUAAUUACCAAGGGAGAGGAAAGUGGUGGUGGAAUCAAAACAGGAGGGGGAGAAUCGAUGUUUAUCAAAACGGGCGAUAAAAAAUUUUCAGACGUCUUGAAAAACAUUAAAAAUGUAGUGAAUGUUGAGAAAAUAGGCGUCAAAGUCGAGUCCGUCCGAAAAACGGGAGGGGGGGACCUCCUAGUAAAAGUAAAGGGCCAAGGGGCGGCCGAAAGACUAAAAGAAGAAAUAAAAAGCAGAAUUGGAACAAAAAUGGAUAUGACGGUGAAGAGGAAAGAAUCAAUCUUCACCGUCAUGGAGGUAGACCCAUCGGUCACUCCGUCAGAAUUAAAGGAGGCCGUCUGUGAGUGGACCGGCAUCGAUAGGGAAGAAAUAGAGGUGAGAGGCAUGAGGGAGAGCAGGGGAGGCGGACAGACGGCCACCCUAGCAAUAAGAGAAGAAAGAGCGGCCGCCCUUAGAUCUGCCCAGAAGAUAAGGGUCCAUUGGCAGUAUUGCUCCGUAAAGGAGAGGUUUACCCCCCUUAGGUGCUAUCGCUGCCUGGAAUAUGGCCACAGCACCUACAAUUGUAGCGGCAAGGAUAGAAGCAGGUGCUGCUUCAAUUGUAUCAAAGAGGGGCACCGGGCACAAGAGUGCCAAAAUGAGGCGUGGUGCCUCUCAUGCGACAAUAAAGGCCAUAGGACGGAUACGAUGGCGUGCCCUAAAUAUCGAAAUAUAGUAUUUGGUAAAUAG